AUGAACGCCAUGCAGUCAUACGCCGAUGUUCACCCCCCUCACAUGUCUGCGAAUCCUGGGCAUGCGCCUUCGUCUGGACCACCCUCAGGUUUGGCGCACUAUUACACCGGACAGCAGCCACCGCUGCUUCAGCCCGGCCCCCAGAGUUACCCGUCCGCACAAGGCUCAUACAGUCAAUAUGGUUACAGCAGCGGAAUGGCGUCCGGGCCUUCGGCGGGAAUGCCUGCCUCGAGUUCGAUGAGCAACGGCAUGGUUCCUCCGUCGCUCCCACUGCCAGCGAUGUCAUCUGGUGCUCCCAACCCCUCUUCGCUCACCGGAUCUCAGAAUUUCUCCACACAUACAUUUGAUACGACGGGACAGAUUGCUCCUCCUGGUAUGAAGCCUCGCGUAACCGCUACGUUAUGGGAAGACGAGGGCAGUCUGUGCUUCCAAGUUGAAGCCAAAGGCGUUUGCGUUGCGCGGAGAGAAGACAAUCACAUGAUCAACGGAACAAAAUUAUUGAAUGUGGCAGGAAUGACAAGGGGCCGUCGGGAUGGGAUUCUAAAAAGCGAGAAAACACGGCAUGUCGUGAAGAUCGGCCCCAUGCACUUGAAGGGCGUCUGGAUUCCUUUCGAACGCGCACUGGAUUUUGCGAACAAGGAGAAAAUCACGGAGCAGUUGUACCCACUCUUCGUCCACGACAUCGGCGCGCUACUCUACCACCCUACCAAUCAACCUCGGACCAACGUGGGUAACGCGAGCGCCGUGGCCGCUAUGAACCGUACCGGAAGAGACCAGCAACAGCGUUAUCUGACGGGUCCACAAAGCUCGCAAGCGCCGUCCCUUCAUCAUCAUCAUUCGCUGAGCAAUCCGAUCGGAGCCCAUAUGACCCAGCCGCCGCACUCUAUCGCGCCGCAUCCCGCCGCCGGGCGACCGGGGCUAGAUAGAGCGCACACCUUUCCAACUCCUCCUACGAGUGCUUCGAGCGUUAUGGGCAUGGGGAAUUCUGGCGGUUCCUACGAAUGGGGCGGCUCAAGCAUGCAAAGCGGAGCGCCUCUAUCAAUUGAUACUGGAUUGAGCAACGCUCGAUCUGUGCCUACAACGCCAGCAAGCACGCCACCAGGCAGCCUUCAAGGCAUACAGCAAUACCAAACACCUCAGGGCUACGACAGCUCGCGGCAGAUGUAUAGCGCACCAGCAGCUCAGCAAAGCCAAUAUACCGCACAGCAACAAAUCCGGUACGGUCAGCCUUUACAGCCGGCUCCGUAUCCGAAGACUGAGAUGGCACCACCUUCAAGAUCGGGUGUUGAAUCCGAGCAACCCCCAGAUUCGAAGCCUCACGAGGGCCUACUAAAUCACGGAUCAGAGCAUGGAGCGCACAGCACCGGCGAAGAGGAGGCAGAACACGAGCACGACAAUGAAUACACGCAUACUAGCGCUCCAUACAGCGCCAAUCGUGGUGUUUACAGCUACAACACUAGUCACGGUGAGCACUCGCACCUAUCUCCUGAGAUGACCGGUUCACCCUCACAUCAAAACGGAUCCGGUCGUGCAACUCCCCGCACGGCAGGAACCGCGCAGCAAUGGGCUAGCGGAUACAGCACCCCGCAAAGGGGGCAGUCUUCAGCGAGCAACUUGUAUAGCGUCAUGAGCGAUACCCGUGGUUCUGCACCGAACGGCAAUGUCGGUGCUGAUGGAUAUUCAACCUCAGGUUACCCAAGCCAGUCAUACGCGGCAAGCAACGGCGCGACGCCCUCGAACAAGCGCGGUCGCGACGACGACGACGAGCCGGACCCCUACGGGCGGCCUGCUAGUCGCAAUUCCGGCGAGAACGGCGUCGAAGGCAUCAAGCGACGAAAGACCAUUACAGAGAGCAGCGUCGGUGGAGCUGUAGGUGGAGCCGAUCCCAAUGUGCUCAAUCGAACGAGGUCCACCAUCUCCCAAAGAAGGAGAUGA